ACCCGAAGAUUUGAUUAAAGCAAAAGACCAGCGAAGAGACGACGCAAUGAGAAAGCAGAACCUUCUUCUUCGCUGCCACUUGUUCCGUUCCACCUUUUGCGCCCUCCCCCGUCUUCCUCCUCCGGACCGGCACCACAUCGCCGCGAGCUCAUGGCGGCCGGCUCCGGCGCCGAUCGCCUGAUCCGUAAGAUCCACGGCUGCUUCCGCCCCCCUCCUCCUCCGCCAGGUCCAGUUUCUUUUGUGAGGCACUACUCAUACAAGGACAUAAAGAAGGCAACGGGCAGUUUUUGCAGGAUCAUCUAUAGCGAUGCUCAUGGGGCGGCUUACAGAGCCAACUUUGAUGAUGCUGGGCUUGCUUUGGUUAAGGAGGUUAAGGAAUUUGAUCAGAGUAAUGAGGUCUUCUACAGAGAAGUGCAGCUCUUAGGCCGUUUGCAUCACCGCCACCUCCUUGCACUUAGAGGGUUCUGUAUGGGGCAAAAGAGUUUGUUAGUGUUUGACAAUGUCGAGAAUGGAAGCUUGAAGGAUCAUCUCAAUGAUCCUCUUAGGACUCCUUUGAAUUGGAGAACAAGAUUACAGAUAGCCAAUGGUGUAGCUGCUGCAUUGGAAUAUUUGCUCCUAUUUAAUGAUCCCCCAGUAUAUCAUGUAUCUGUCAACUCAAGCAAUGUCAUGUUGGAUGAGAACUUCAUUGCCAAGCUAUCAGACGUUGGUUUUCUUGGUUAUUCUGGGAAUCACACAGGAACUACUCAUCCAAAAGAUUGUAUUGAGGCAGAAUCCAGAAACAUCAUUUUCCAGCUUGGCAUGCUGAUGCUGGAGCUCAUCACUGGGCAAUCAUCAGAAGGGGGAGGCGCCAAUCUGAUCCAGUGGGUUCAAGAAUAUCAUUUGGGUAGCUCCAUUUAUAAGCUGAUAGACCCAGAUCUUGGAAAUGACUAUGAUUCGAGGGAGCUAAGAAAUCUCCUGGAGGUAGCGAGACUAUGUAUCAAAUCGAGGGACAAACCGGUGCUGUCGGCUGCUAGACUGUUUCGGUAUCUCCAGAAGAAGAUAGAUAAUCCAGUCAGUUAGUCCUUGAAGCCAUUCGUUUAUACUAUUUUAUUGGCUGUGUAAAUUCAUGCCUAUAAUCUCUAUAGCUGUAUCUUCCCUUCUUUCGUUUUUCCCCUUUAAUUUCUUUUCAUUUGAGAAUCAGAUGAUGAUAAAACACAUGCGAGGGCAUAGUGCUGGGUAUCUUAUGUCACGCAGGUUAUAGCAGAUAAUGAAAUGCUCUAGCACUUGAAUAAGUGCCUUUGAAACGCCAAAA